AUGGACUAUGGCUUCUUUGCAGAUUCAGCUGGUUGCAAGUCUCAUUUUUCUACUCAUUCUUCUGUCCUGGACAGUCCAAGGACAGAAGAAUUCACCGUACAAGGAGCAGACAUUAUCGAGGAAACAUGCAAGAAAACCGAGUACUAUGAUCUUUGCGUGAAAACGCUGAGAUCAGAUCCUCGUAGCUCUAAUGCUGAUCUUAAAGGCCUUACUCAGAUAACCCUAGAAGCUAGUUUAGUCUUUGGCAGAGGAGCAUUUAUCAAAAUAAAGAAGAUGUAUAAUGAGACCAAAGACAAAGGUUUAAAGAGUUGUCUUCAUGUGUGCGUGGAAAACUAUGAGCUUGCUGUGGUUAUAAAUUUACCAGGUGCAAUAAAGCUUUUAGGACGGAACAAGUUUAACGAUGUAAAUAGCUAUCUUUCUGCUGCUUAUGAUGCUCCAGAGACUUGUCUAGAUUCAUUUUCUGAAGAACCUAAAACUGAUGUGCCGCCUGCAUUAGCUGCUUGGAAUGAUCAUUUUGAACAACUUUGUACAAUAGCUCUUGACAUGUUAAGCAACCUUGGUAAUUGA